AUGAAAAUGGAGGAAGCAUUUCCAUGUCCUCUCGAACGAACUGUUGCAGCUUCUCUCCUACUUCUCUCCACCACAUCCUCUGCUUCUUCUCCGAUCACUCCGACGACAUCUAAGACUAAGACGGUGGAUAUGAGCUGCUUGCAGUCGAAUCAAUGCAAUUCGACGAGAUCAUGUUCUUCAUCAGUAAUCAGUACUGACGACGACGAUGACUCAUCCUCUGUGGAGAUUUGGAAGCAUCAUCUCGGACUUGUUGUUGAUUCUCCUGAUCGUACUCGUGGAGCCAACUUUAAGGUGAUAUUCCUCUCGUCUCGUUGUUCUAUUCUGAUUGCAUUUCAGGUAGUGCAAAGAUCUAGAUCUAAGACACAGAGCAUUAUAAGUUCAUUCUCCGGUGUUGGAUCGGAUUCCGCUAUUUCAUCAUCAAAUUCAUCAUCAUCACGUCUGUCUAGCAGUUCGAUCGGUGGAGUUUCCAAGAGUGAUGAACAGGAGUUUGAUCGAGCUUCGAAGAGGAAGACGAUGAAACAACUGGUCAGUUCGUCUCGCAUGCGUGUGAGGAGCGAAUCAAUCUUGGUUAUACUGAGUAUCACUGCUACUUCUGAAGUAAGGAUUCGCCAACUUCUCGGUGAUAGUCCUGACACCAGCAAAGCCUUGAGAAUGUUAUUAAAGCUUGAGAAGAUUAGACGAUCAGGAGCAGGAGGUCGUGUUGAUCCAUAUAUCUAUACGAUAGCAUGA